GUUGAAGGCGCCAAUGCAAAAACAGCUGGUUUAAUGUUUGGCCAAAAUCAUCCGCUGCCAACUUGGACAUUUUAACACAAAACCAAGUUCAAAAUAAAUUAAAAACAAACCGAAAGUCGCAAAAAACAGUGGGAAAUGUGAAAAAUUAAAUUUAAGCUACUGGAAAUUAAAGAAAAUCAAAUGUAUUGCUAAUAGCGGAAGAGAAAUUUCCCGUGUACAUGCGUGUGCCUCCAAAUGCGUCAGUGUGUGUGCCAGCGGCCCGGGCCUUGGCCUUUUAUUUAUAUUUUUAUUUGAAUCAAUUUAACGCCGAGCAAUAGACGGGCACCUCGAAUUUAUGGUGACGAAUAGUGGUCGGCAACCGUUUCUCCUGAUAACAGUGCUCAUAAUCGGAAUUCCGUUACGGGGAGCGCCUCAGGGGAGCUGAUUUACGGUUAUACAUGUUUACCUCUCAAACAAAAGGCGCAGGUGUGAUAAGGUGCUGCCGACUUCCCCCAUCUUCCCACACAGAUUGUGAGUUUUGUGAUUCCGCCGCGUGAAUUCAUAGUCCAAUGGAAACGUGGCAAGGCGGCUAAAGGCUAAAACAGACCAGCAUUUAUGUACAUAUAUUUUGUAAGAAAACGUAAUCGUUUAUUUAUAGACUGCCAGACAAUCAGCGUACUAGCGUAGUGCAACUAAAAUAGUAUAUUGCAUUUCUAAUAAGUGGUUAAGUUUAUCAAGUUCACGUUCCGUUGAGGCAGUCGCGCCAAGCUCCAGAAUCAAACACCUGUGCAAACUCUCUUCGCGAAAGAUUAAGCUGCUCACGCCGCGUUACCUGGUCCGCGCUCUCGCUCUCUCCUCUCUCUCUUAAAAUGGCCGACAAUGUGCCGCUACGCGACUUCGACGAAGAGAGUGAAACCGACUCUGAAACGGAAUUACUCAUACGCAGAGAGGUCCCAGCCAGUGGCAGCAGCAGCAGCAACAAAAACAACAACAACAGAAACGGCAGACGCAAAAACUCGAUGGGCUACAGCGGGGCCGACUUUCUGGGCAAUCUCUUUGGCUCGAACAGUGUCGGGUCUGCCUCCGGCCAGAUACGUUAUAGAAAUGAACGAAGUCGCGAGCGCGCCAACAGCUACAACAGUGUUUCGAAACUGGCGCAAUUAACGCACACGUCAGCGGGCGUCGCGGGGGCGGGAUCGGGAUCGGGAGCGGGCGCGGGCGCUGGAGCGAGUGGCGGUGGUGGUGUUGGGGGGAGUGGCAGCGGAGGCGCCGGUGAUGGCAGCAAUGCAGCAACGUCGUCAGCGGGUGCUGCCGGUGAUCUCGGCAAUGGCGGCACCCACUGCACGGUCGUGGAUCCGGAGAACGGCUCCUCCACGGUCUUCUAUCAGCACAAUCGCCGGAAGAGCAAAAGUCGCAGCAUCGGCAACGUUUGCAAACUCUGUCUCUGCAGCUGCUGGCGGAAAUGGUUCCGGCCGCGGGAACUGCGCGCCCGGACCGUCAACCUGGGACGGGUGAACACGGAGAAGUUCCCGCCGAACGAGAUCCGCAACCAGAAGUACAACUUCAUCACCUUCCUGCCGCUGGUGUUGUUCGAGCAGUUCCGCUUCUUCCUCAACCUCUACUUCCUGCUAAUGGCGCUUUCGCAAUUCAUUCCGGACAUUCGCAUCGGAUACCCGUACACCUACUGGGGUCCGCUGGGCUUCGUCCUGAUGGUCACCAUUUGUCGUGAGGCCGUCGACGAUCUGCGUCGCCACCAGCGGGAUCACGAGGUCAACUCCCAGAAGUACAAGCGGCUGUCGGCCACCAACGGCAGUGGCUACGAGAUGGUGCCCAGCUCCAAGCUGAAGGUCGGCGACGUCAUCAUCGUCGAGAAGAAUGAACGGGUGCCAGCGGAUCUGAUCCUCCUGCGCACCAGCGACCGCAGCGGCUCUGUCUUCGUGCGAACGGACCAGCUGGACGGCGAGACCGACUGGAAACCCCGUCUGGCUGUUCCCUACACCCAGAAGCUCAGUCGCGACUCGGAGCUGCACAGCACCGACGCCAGUUUCUACGUCGAGAAGCCGCAAAACGAUAUACACAGCUUCAUUGCCACAUUCUGUAUGACGGACGGCAGCGAGGACACCGGACUCAGCGUGGAGAACACUCUGUGGGCCAACACAGUGGUGGCCGCGGGCACAGCCACCGGCAUCGUCAUCUACACAGGCUGCGAGACGCGCAGCGUGAUGAACAACUCCCAGCCAAGGUCCAAGGUGGGCCUGCUGGACAUGGAAAUCAACGGAUUGACCAAGGUACUCUUCUGCGCCGUGCUGGGCCUCUCUCUAGUCAUGAUGAUGCUGAAGGGCUUCGGCGGUCCCUGGUAUCGGUACAUGUUCCGCUUCGUGCUGCUCUUCUCCUACAUCAUUCCGAUCAGUCUCCGCGUGAACCUGGACAUGGGCAAGGCCUUCUACUCUUGGCAGAUGCAGAACGACUCGAACAUCCAGGGAACAGUGGUGCGAUCGACGACCAUACCCGAGGAGCUAGGCAGGAUAUCGUACGUGUUAACGGACAAGACGGGCACUCUGACCCAGAACGAGAUGGUCUUCAAAAAGAUCCACCUGGGCAUAGUGUCCCAUGACGCGGACACGUUCCAUCACAUAGGGCAGAUGAUACAGAAGCUGUCGGGCAACAUUCUCCAGCAGCAACAGCAACAGGGCAACGUCUCCAGCUCCAGCAGCAGCGGAGAGUCCAACAAACCGAUUAUGUUUGCCGGCAACAGGAUGCGGCGCCCGGAGGGCUGGAGGGAGUGGGAGGCGGUACGAGCUUUGGCCUUAUGCCACAAUGUCACACCAGUUAGCGAUGACGAGGACAACCGAUCGGUGUCCACGGCCUCGACGGUCACGGGCGGCAACAACUCACCCACCAAAUCUGUGAUAAACAUCGAGGCCCCCGGCAGCACGGAUACGGAGCACCAGUACCAGGCCGCCUCGCCAGACGAAAUAGCACUGGUCAAGUGGACGGAGCAGGUGGGCCUGACCCUGAUCGCCAGGGAUCUCAACUCCAUGACGCUUCAGGUCAAGACCCCCAGCGAAGACAAUGACAUCCUCCUGCACUAUCAGAUCCUGCAGUUGUUCCCCUUCACCAGCGAGAGCAAGCGAAUGGGAAUCAUUGUUCGCGAGAGCAAGUCGGGCCAGAUAACGUUCUACUUGAAGGGAGCCGAUGUGGUCAUGUCCACCAUCGUGCAGUACAACGAUUGGCUUAGCGAGGAAUCGGGCAACAUGGCACGCGAGGGUCUGCGCACCCUCGUCGUGGCCAAGAAGGUCCUUACCGAGGAACAGUAUUCUGAUUUCGAAAUGCGCUACAAUGCCGCCCGCCUCAGCAUAACAGAUCGAGUGGCCAAGGUGGCUGCGGUCACUGAAUCCCUAGAGCGUGAGAUGGAAUUGCUUUGCCUCACAGGCGUGGAGGAUCGUUUGCAGGAGAACGUGCGGCCAACAUUGGAGCUUUUGCGCAAUGCCGGCGUUCGUGUUUGGAUGUUGACGGGCGACAAGCUGGAGACGGCGUGCUGUAUUGCCAAGUCCUCGCAGCUGAUUGGACGGAAUCAGGGCCUGCACGUGCUCCGGUCUGUGAAGACGCGUACGGAUGCCCACCAGGAGCUGAACAACUUCCGGCGCAAGCAGGGUCACGCUCUGGUCAUCUCGGGAGAGUCCCUGGAGGUGUGCCUUCAGUACUACCGACCGGAGUUUCUCGAGCUGGCUACAGCCUCACCAGCCGUGGUGUGCUGUCGCUGCUCGCCCACCCAGAAGGCCCAGGUGGUGGCCCUCAUCCAGAAGCAUACCGGCAAGCGAACUUGCGCCGUGGGCGAUGGUGGCAACGACGUCAGCAUGAUUCAGCAGGCCGAUGCCGGCGUGGGAAUCGAGGGCCGCGAAGGCCGACAGGCAUCUCUGGCCGGCGACUUUAGCAUUCCACAGUUCUCGCACAUCGCCAAGCUGCUGCUUAUCCACGGCCGUCGAAGCUACAAACGCUCGGCGGCCCUCUCGCAGUUCGUCAUCCAUCGAGGACUGAUAAUCACCACCCUGCAGGCGGUGUUUUCAGCUGUUUUCUACCUCAGCUCGGUGGCUCUCUACCAAGGUUUCCUCAUGGUCGGCUACUCGACGUUGUACACCAUGUUCCCGGUAUUCUCGUUGGUACUUGACCAGGACAUCACCUCCGAAACAGCGGUCACAUAUCCAGAGCUGUACAAGGACCUGUCCAAGGGACGAAGUUUGAGCUACAAGACGUUCUUCAUUUGGGUGCUGAUCAGCAUAUACCAGGGCGGGGUCAUCAUGUACGGAGCGCUAAUACUCUUUGUGGACGAGUUUAUCCACAUAGUGGCUAUCAGCUUCUCGGCUCUGAUAAUGACGGAAUUGAUCAUGGUGGCCCUCACAGUGCGGACUUGGCAUAGACUAAUGGUGCUGGCCGAGCUCUUCAGCUUGGCUCUCUAUCUAAUAUCACUGGCAGUGUUGCAUGAGUAUUUCGACUGGGAGUUCAUCUGGUCCUACGACUUUCUGUGGAAGGUCUCCCUCAUCACGCUGGUCUCCUGCUUACCCUUGUAUAUAAUCAAGUUCUUGCGCAAGAAAUGUUCGCCGCCAUCCUACUUGAAGCUCUCAUAGACACUUUGAUGGCGUGGCGUUGAAUAUUUUCCAAUGGAUCCCCUCACACUCUACGAUUCUCUUUGUGUUUUCGUUCACAAUUUAAACCACUAUUAUUAUUUAUUAUGUGCUACGUUGUUUUUCUCAUAUGUCGUCUCGUCGUUUUGCCAACAACCGCACCAGCCCCCCAAUAUUCGUGAUAUCAGGUUAAACGCCCCCUACCCCGACACACCACUGUCGCUUGAUGAUGCUUUUUGUUUAAUUUGUAAAGUUACACAAUGUGCAAGAGACAAAGUGAUUCGAUUAUCGUAAUAUAAAUCAAAUAGAACCGAUUCUAAGUUGUAAGCGUGAGGCGUAAUAAAUGUUUAUUGUAUUUCAAUUUUGUA